GGCUCCCAAGAAUCUUUAUUUUCUUGAUUGGACUACUCUAUCCAAAAAUGUUAUCUUGUAAGUCCUUUAAAUGUUUUCCAUUUAUUUAUUGUUUUAGCUGAAAGAACCGGACGAUGCAAGGUAUAGAUUCUUCCACUGAGCUUCCCAGAGCUUAAAUUGCAUAUAAACAGGCCCGUACGGCAGUCAUUUGAACCUCUUCUUCAGGGCAUUUUAAUCCGCGUUUGUUGGGGUUAUGUCUUGGUAGAUAUUUUGAUGGGAGUGAUGACAUUCACAAGAUCUAAUGCAUCUCAUCCAGUAGCUGUUCCAUCUCGUUUUUGGUGUUAAAAUUAAGGAUGCAGGUGAUGUCACCAAAGCCAAUACUGUUACUGUGUAAUCGAGGGACUUCUCACAUUUUAAUGGGAUCCAGACUCCAUUCUUCUACUGUGAAAAUUAGAGAAGGUUUCUGCUUUGAAAUGGCUAGAAUAUCAAUUUCUGCUUUUGCUGGUGAUCCAACCAAUAUCGAACCUGCUUCUUCAGCAGAAAAUGACAACAUAUCAUACAGCUCCAAGGCCAUCGAACCGCAUACAAAGGCAAGUGAGGAUGAAAGCACAACCACAGUAAAACUUAACUGUGAAGAGACAGAAUCGACAGCUGCAUCAGCAGAUGCAGUGGGUUCUGCAGAGGAGGCCCAGAAAGCUGCGAAAAAUUCAACUGAUUUGGUAGGUGAAUGUAAAAAUUUUGAGGACAGCCAAUCUGAGGAAAACCUGGUAAUAUGUGAGCAAUCUAGAUUGACUGAAAAGGAAAAACCUGAAGUCGUGAAAGCUUUGGAUCAGUUUCAAUCUCAAGCUAUUGAAGAAGAGAGUAGCUCGAAUGUUGCUUGUCCCCGUGAUUUUCCUCCUGUAUCUGUCAGCAAACAUGUGGCUAAGGCAACCAUACAUUCACAAAAGAGAUCAGAAAGAAGGGCUAGAAGAAUGAAGGCAGGAGUAAAGAUUAUCAAAUUGGCUGCUGAUGUUCCAUCUCAUAAACGAUAUUGGACUUUUCGCUUGUUGAAUUUCUUAGAUGCAGAACAUGUUUUGAGGGAUUCGAUCAAUUCAGAAUCCUUAACUGCCACAGAAGAAAUUGAGUUGUCAAAAGGGAUACAGGACCUGUUAAAGUUGCACAGGAUCCGGUUACGUUUGGUAGGUAAAACUGGACAUCAGCCAACUUUAGAUAGAUGGGCACAAGCUGUAGGCACUGAUAAGAAGACUCUGAAGAGACGCCUUCUUGUGGGCGAGUAUUGCAAAGAAAAAUUAUACAGGAGCAACCUGGGUUUAGUUGGAUAUGUUGCAAAAAAAUAUAUGGGCUUAGGAAUUGGCUAUAAUUAUAAAGAUCUAUUUCAGAUAGGAUGCUUUGGUCUUAUUAAAGGUAUUGAGAGAUUUGAUUACAGAAAGGGAUCUCGUUUUGCAACAUAUGCUCAUUGGUGGAUUAGACAGCGUAUAAGUAGAGCACUUUACAACUAUUCGGAUAUAGUUUCAUAUAAUGAAAAAUUCUUUUGGGAUAUGAAUCGUGUAAAACAAACAAAAAGAUGGCUCAAGCAAUUACAUGCAAGGCGUCCUAGAUUUCGAGAGCUUGCUAGAAUAACAGGCCUCUCUGUUAAAACUUUGAUGCUUAUCAGAAUGUAUACUAGAAAACGCAGGAAGUUUGCCGAUGAGUAUGCAGAUCCAAAUGCUGCGAGUCCCGAGAAUAUUUUUGAAAAGCAGGAGCUGGGAAGAGAGAUUGUUAAAUCCCUUAACUUUGUCACCAAAAAAGAGAGAGAAAUAUUGAGACUACGUUAUGGGUUUGAUGAUGGUAGACCAAAAUCUCUAGGCGAGAUUGGGUACAUAUGUAACUACUCCAAAGAAAGGAUCAGGCAGAUAGAAAAAGAUGCUUUGAGAAAAAUAAGAGAGAGCAGAAGCCACAAUUUAAGGCAUUAUUUGUAUUCCUGAAACCUCUUUGUCAUCUCAAACAAAUGGCAAUUUCGACAUUAUUUGUAUUCCUGAAACCUCUUUUUCAUCUCAAACAAAUGUCAAUUGUGACAUUAUUUUC